AUGAUGAUACCGUUUCGCCGAUGGGAAUUGCACGAGCUACCAGCACUCACACAAGGAUCUACCAUAGAAAUCUGGUCCGUAAAGACAUGUUCUGCAUUGGACAGUCCAAGAUAUGUUAUAGUAUUUUUCCAAACGAAAAAAGCCGAUAAUUUGCAUGAAGAUGUCACCUUGUUCGAUAAUGCCAACAUCAAAUCCAUACGAUUGGCUCUGAAUAGCGACUAUUAUCCGCAAGAACGAAUGCUAUUGGACUUUUCCAAAGACCAAUAUGCCGACGCCCACUUCAACUAUACAGAGUUUAACAAGAGCUACCAUAACUGUCAAGAAAAGCGCUCUCUAGUAAACUUUGCCGAAUUCAAAUCCCGACCAAUGUUUGUUAUCGAUUGCUCGAGGCACCAUCUGGGUCUGAAGUCGUCCACAGUUGACAUAAAUGUGAAGGUUAUCGAGAAAGCGAAUACUGCUUUGCCAGGAUCUCCUCAGACUCAAAGUAUUGCUAAAAUAACGAUAGAAAGCAUUAAUUUGAAAGUGCCACAUCUCACACCCAACGAUGACAUAAAGUUGCAGCUGUUGACACGUAUCAAAGCAGAUGAGCCUAUGAUGAUACCGUUUCGCCGAUGGGAAUUGCACGAGCUACCAGCAAUCACACAAGGAUCUACCAUAGAAAUCUGGUCUGUCAAGACGUGUUCUGCAUUGGACAGUCCAAGAUAUGUUAUAGUAUUUUUCCAAACGAAAAAAGCCGAUAGUUUGCAUGAAGACGUCACCUUGUUCGAUAAUGCCAACAUCAAAUCCAUACGAUUGGCUCUGAAUAGCGACUAUUAUCCGCAAGAACGAAUGCUAUUGGACUUUUUCCGAGACCAAUAUGCCGACGUCCACUUCAACUAUACAGAGUUCAACAAGAGCUACCAUAACUGUCAAGAAAAGCGCUCUCUAGUAAACUUUGCCGAAUUCAAAUCCCGACCAAUGUUUGUUAUCGAUUGCUCGAGGCGCCAUCUGGGUCUAAAGUCGUCCACAGUUGACAUAAAAAUAGGUGCUAAAUCCGAGGGUGCAAUUCGUCCAGUUGUUGCAGAAGUGCAAUGCUACGGCUUAAAAACAGCCAUUCUCAAUAAAUCACGUUCGGCGGCAUCUGAACUUAAAAAACUGAAAAUUAUAUUCUCGCAUGAUUACCCAAAAGAAGAUUAUAUUAAAAGAAAAUUUAUGAAUCUGCAGCUGAAGUUAGCGAAAAAAUCACACCCAACAGCCAUUAUAAAAAACAACUCUCUCGUAGUGGACGACAUCUCAUUCAGCUACGAGGAACUAAAAGAGAAAGAUAAACUGAGAAAUAGUUCCCGUGACGUACCUAUCGUUCCAAUCGAGUUGUGUGCUCCGGAUGAGUUCUCAUCCUCAUCUUCUGUGAACACAAAUACUGAAAAAAAAAGAAAAUUUCAACUUUCUCCAUCUGUUGCUGAUACGAACCUGAAGGCGAAGCUCAGGUCCUUCUCUAAAUCCGACUGCUGA